GUUAGGUACCUACAUACGGGAACCAUCUACCCACAUCGCUCUACAACGCCAUGGAUGAUCCGCAUCCAGGGGAGAGACCCCGAAAGAAACCUCGAUUCUGGGUGGAAAAAAAUGAGGAACCUGUCGUUGAGUCGGUCCAUCCUGCCGUUACCCCUCUGCAUGUCAAUGUUUCGCCGUCGCCGUCGCCGCCACCACCGAACAAUGAGGCACCGACGGAUGAGCAGCCAAAGGUAGAAGAUAGUGAACUCCAUGCCGACAGUAUAACCGAUGGCUUCGAUACUGGCCUUCUGCAAGCCGUGGUUGGCGAAUUGGCCCCGAGCGUGUUGCAGAUCCUACAGCGUCGAAGCAACAAUGAUGUGCAACGCGCUAUCAAUCUCUACCUUGACGGUUCAUGGCAGUCCGCGCCUCCUUCAGUUACUCCCUCCACCAGUACAUCUUUACCUUUCCAAACGAGACUUACGAACGGACUCAAACGACAAGAUACUGAGAUGUCGUCUAUCUCGACUCCGGAUUCGGAAGCGUCAUCGACACCUAUGGCUCCUAUUCUCAAAGCAAUGCCCUCGAAACGUUAUAUUGGAUCUUUUGGCGCCGUGGCGUGGGCCACAAGAAGUGGAAGAGGAUUGCUACAACAUGCGGAGAAAGUGGGGAUCGAGCGCAGUAAGAUGAAGGAAUAUCCAACCAAGAAGCGCGCCGUAAACAACAAGAAGCAGGAUGUAGUAGUCAGAUUCACAAACGCAAAGGGCGAAGAGGUGGGAAGACUUGAGAACGGUUUCGCCGCUUGGAUAUCUGUCUUGAUCGAUCAAAAGCUUUGUUCAUUUGAGGGAAGCUGUGUGUACGUUCCUGACCGACUGAAGACCGGCGAGACCGUCUACCUCCAGCUACAAUGUUUUUUCGUGCGAAGUGCAUUCGAUAAGAGGAAAUUUGUCAAACCCGAUAGUAAUCGUGCCAUCAGCCCGUUUGAAGAGUUGGAAAGCCGGGACGAAAAGGAUCUCCGCCUUAGGCAGGUCGCCAUGGUAAAGCUUUUCGAAGCCAUAAACCUGAGUCCAUCCCGUAACAACGAAUCCACCGAGAAACAUAAACGUCAGGGACUGUUGCAGGCGGCAGAGAGCGCUGAAAGCAAAGAGCAAAAGGAGAAAACAAAAGCAAUCACAUCUACACUACCAGGCUCGUCGCCCCCAUCGGAGGAGAACGAAGAGGGCGAGGAAUUGGAGCAAGACCAGUUGGACUCACUAUACAAGAAAGCUCAAUCAUUCGACUUCAACACACCAACCCUUGAACCUGCCAGUACUUUUUCCAUGGACCUUCGAAAAUACCAGAAACAAGCUCUGCAUUGGAUGGUUGGUAAAGAGAGAGACGAAGCCGCAGAAAACAGGGAGUUAUCGAUGCAUCCGCUUUGGGAGGAGUACGUGUGGCCGACGCAAGAUGCCGACAACAAUCCGGUCCCGACCGUUGAUGAACAGACAAUGUUCUACGUCAACCCCUACUCUGGAGAACUCUCGCUGGAGUUUCCUCGGCAAGAACAGAACUGUUUAGGUGGUAUUCUUGCAGACGAGAUGGGGUUGGGCAAAACAAUCGAGAUGCUCAGUUUGAUUCAUACCCACAGGAACUCAGUGCAGGAGAAGGAUUCAACUGUCAAGCGGCUUCCACGACUGUCUAAGAGCAGUGCGACCGUAGAGCAAGCACCAUAUACAACUCUAGUCGUCGCUCCCAUGUCGCUUUUAGCACAAUGGGCGAGCGAAGCCGAGAAAGCGUCGAAGGACGGAACUUUGAAGAUAUUGCUAUAUUACGGUGCCGAAAAGUCCGCGAACCUGCAAAAGCUGUGUUGCGAAGCGAAUGGUGCCAAUGCACCCAACGUAGUCAUCACCAGCUACGGGACUAUACUAUCUGAGUUUAACCAAGUAGCAGCAAUGGAUGGCAAUCGUGGGUCUCACGGAGGACUGUUUUCGCUAGAGUACUUCCGCAUCAUCCUCGACGAAGCCCAUUACAUAAAGAAUCGACAGUCAAAGACCGCGAAGGCUUGCUAUGAGCUCAGCGCAACACAUCGAUGGGUUCUCACCGGAACGCCAAUUGUCAAUCGCCUUGAGGAUUUGUUCAGUCUAGUCCGAUUCUUGAAAGUCGAACCCUGGAGUAACUUCUCUUUCUGGAGGACGUUCAUCACGGUACCCUUCGAAUCGAAAGACUUCCUUCGGGCCUUAGAUGUAGUUCAAACCGUGCUGGAGCCUCUCGUGCUUCGCCGAACAAAAGACAUGAAAACACCAAGCGGUGAAGCUCUAGUACCUCUUCCUCCACGAACGAUUGAGAUCGACAAAAUCCAACUAUCACAAGAUGAGCGGGAAGUAUAUGACUACAUCUAUAUGCGCGCAAAGCGCGUUUUUGCUCAAAAUGCUGAAGCUGGAACUCUUAUGAAAUCGUACACCACCAUCUUCGCCCAGAUUCUCAGACUGCGACAGUCGUGUUGUCAUCCCGUCCUCACGCGAAAGAAGGACAUUGUAGCUGAAGAGGAGGAUGCCGCCGAAGCGUCGGAUCUUGCCAAUGGUCUUGCUGAUGAUAUGGAUCUCCAGUCACUCAUCGAGAGAUUUCAGUCUGAUGGCGAGCAAGAUGCCAAUUCCUUUGGUGCCCACGUCCUGAAGCAAAUUCAAGACGAGUCGAAUUCCGAAUGCCCGAUAUGCUCUGAAGAGCCAAUGCUUGAUCAGGCAGUCACCGGCUGUUGGCAUAGUGCCUGCAAGGAAUGCCUCCUUAAUUACAUUAACCAUCAGCGGGACAGAAACAUUCUCCCGCUCUGUUUCAAUUGCAGAAACCCCAUCAAUGCCCGCGAUAUCUUCGAAGUGGUACGGCAUGACCACUUGCUUGAAGAAGACUCUCUUCAGAAUUCAAUCGAAAGCUCUUCUCAAACUCCUCGAAUUUCCCUGCGCCGUAUCGGUCUUGCCGGAUCCGCGAAGACACAGGCCUUACUCGGCCAUCUAAAAGCCGAAAGGCGUGAAGACAGGGCCACCAAAUCUGUUGUGUUCUCUCAGUUCACGUCCUUCCUCGACCUCAUCGAGCCUGCCCUUACUCGCGAUCACAUCCCAUUUGUUCGUUUUGACGGUUCAAUGUCGCAAAAGCAGCGCGCAAUAGUGCUCCAAGAGUUCAAUGAAUCUUCUCAACCUUAUGUGCUGUUAUUGAGUUUACGUGCUGGUGGUGUUGGGCUCAAUUUGACAUGUGCACAAAGAGUCUUCAUGAUGGACCCUUGGUGGAGCUUCGCGGUAGAAGCACAAGCCAUAGACCGGGUGCAUCGGAUGGGGCAGACGAAGAAGGUGAAGGUUGUGCGAUUUGUGGUAGAGGGCAGCAUCGAAGAGAAAAUGCUGAAGAUCCAGGAUAGGAAGAAGUUCAUUGCAAGUUCUUUGGGCAUGAUGAGCGACGAGGAGAAGAAACUUCAGCGUAUCGAGGAUAUCAAGGAGCUUCUCAGCUAAGUGGUUUGAUGUCAUAGCCUUUUGUACGAUAAGUAGCGUGACAUAGCACUGCAUGCAUAUAUCGGAAUGGUUCGGCGUUGUAUUGUGUCUAUAGAUACGGAGGAGGAGUACAUGAGUCUGCGCAAUGCCAUCAGCGUAUUCAUGUCUAAAGCGUUUCACGCGGUGCGGAAUGGAGGCAACCGGAACAACGUCGCGCAGCGAUGCGCAUAUUAAAAGCAUGGUUUGUAUUUGGGACCAUGUGAAGAUUAGCUAGAACCAAGCGAGCAUCAUGACAUUUAAUGGAAC